CGCAGCGCGCGGGGCCCGGGCGGCGCAGGACGCGCAAGAUGGCGGCGGUGCGGGCGGCGGCGGCGGGCCGGGGGCUGCCCAACGGCGCCGGGCUCGGCGGGGCCCGCGAGCAGGCGGCGGUCCUGGUGCGGGACUUCGUGAGCCAGCCGCGCCUCACUUAUAAAACUGUUUCGGGUGUGAAUGGUCCCCUGGUUAUCUUGGAUCAAGUUAAGUUUCCUAGAUACGCAGAGAUUGUCCACUUGACUCUUCCUGAUGGCACAAGAAGAAGUGGACAGGUUCUGGAAGUCAGUGGCUCCAAAGCUGUUGUUCAGGUAUUUGAGGGAACUUCAGGUAUUGAUGCUAAGAAAACAUCUUGUGAAUUUACUGGGGAUAUUCUUCGAACCCCUGUCUCUGAAGAUAUGCUUGGCAGGGUAUUUAAUGGAUCAGGAAAACCUAUAGACAGAGGCCCCAUUGUUUUGGCUGAAGAUUUCCUUGACAUAAUGGGUCAGCCAAUUAAUCCCCAGUGUCGAAUUUAUCCAGAAGAAAUGAUCCAGACUGGCAUUUCUGCUAUAGAUGGUAUGAACAGUAUUGCCAGGGGGCAGAAAAUCCCAAUAUUCUCAGCUGCUGGCUUGCCCCACAACGAGAUUGCAGCUCAGAUCUGUCGCCAAGCUGGCUUGGUGAAGAAAUCCAAAGAUGUGAUGGACUACAGUGAAGAAAACUUUGCCAUCGUGUUUGCUGCUAUGGGUGUGAACAUGGAAACUGCUCGGUUCUUCAAAUCGGACUUUGAGGAAAACGGGUCCAUGGACAAUGUGUGCCUGUUCUUGAAUUUGGCCAACGAUCCAACCAUUGAACGCAUUAUCACACCUCGUCUAGCUCUAACAACAGCAGAGUUCUUGGCAUAUCAGUGUGAGAAGCAUGUGCUGGUCAUUCUGACAGAUAUGAGCUCCUAUGCUGAAGCUCUGCGAGAGGUUUCAGCGGCUAGAGAGGAAGUCCCUGGCCGUCGUGGCUUCCCCGGUUACAUGUACACUGACUUGGCUACCAUAUACGAGCGCGCUGGGCGUGUGGAAGGCAGGAAUGGCUCCAUUACUCAGAUUCCUAUUCUUACCAUGCCCAAUGAUGAUAUUACUCAUCCUAUCCCUGACUUGACUGGAUACAUCACUGAGGGACAAAUCUAUGUGGACAGGCAGCUGCACAACAGACAGAUUUACCCACCCAUUAAUGUCUUGCCCUCCUUGUCUCGACUGAUGAAGUCAGCUAUUGGAGAGGGCAUGACAAGGAAGGAUCAUGCAGAUGUAUCCAACCAACUGUACGCCUGCUAUGCUAUUGGGAAGGAUGUACAGGCUAUGAAGGCUGUAGUUGGCGAGGAAGCUCUUACCUCAGAUGAUCUUCUUUAUCUGGAGUUUCUGCAGAAAUUUGAGAAGAACUUCAUUGCUCAGGGUCCUUACGAAAAUCGCACUGUUUACGAGACCUUGGACAUUGGAUGGCAGCUUUUGCGAAUCUUCCCCAAGGAGAUGCUGAAGAGAAUUCCUCAGACAACACUGGCUGAAUUCUAUCCUCGAGAUUCAACUGCAAAACACUAGCCACAGCUUCAUCUCUAGCUCCUUGCUCUGUGAAAUGCUGUUUUUCUUUUUUCAUGUGUUGGUGUUUACUUGUUGCCCUUACAAUUAAAACCAAGAGUAGGUGACAUUUGUGCCAGUGUUCCAACGUACACUGAUACCAGUUUUUAAAAUAUCCCUUCUUCCAAAGCCUGGGUCUUCAGGAAAACCUUUAGGCCAGCUCUUACAAAUGUGCAAUAGCUAUCACGAAGCAUUUUUUUUUUUGAACUGGACCUUUUCUAGACAUUUCAAGGGAAUGUCUUGAGGAUUACCAGAAACUUCAGAUCUUCGCUUUCAGACCAGGAGCGCGUGGUUUAGAAAGCAUGAAAGAGCAAAUGCGACUUCCUUUGUCCAAAGCAUCUGCUCUAUCUGAUCACAUGCAGUUGCCUUGCUGCUGGUAGAGCAGAUGGUGCUCUGCUGUCCUGCUGUUGUGCCUGAAGACCAUGGUAGUAAGUGGAAAGUGUGGUGCACAACAGUACACCUCUCUGAAAAAUGCAAGUCACAGUUUUUUAACUGUGGCUUAAGACUUGUAGAGGUAUGCACAAACUAAGGACACUAGUGAGCACACCAGGCGCUUUUCUACUAAUAAAGGGUCUUUUUCAGAGGUCACAGGCCAGUGGGUUGCCACCUGAAGGCAGCGUGCUAAGGCUCAGUUGCUGAAUUAAAGGUUUUUAAUUGAUAUUUGCAGAGUAAAUUUCCUACUUAACCAGUUAUUUUUUUUGAAUCCUGGACAUGCCAGAGAUGUAUAAGAGCAGCUAAGGCAUUCUGAAAUCAGUAGUGUCCCAGUGGGCAAGUCUGUAGGUAAUUCAAGGCUUCAUGCUGCUACCGAAGGGGAUUGUGUGAUGUGAAAACUCUUGCACCUGACACAGUUGUACUGGGGGGAGGUCAGCUCUUAAAACGUUCAUACUAAACAGUGCACCAGGAGAAAGCAACCUAACGUGCGAAUGGAUAUUUUGAAUUCUGUUAUAAAGCAUGCUCUAGGUGGCACUGGGUCCUGAGUCGUGUUUGAAACUGUUGUGGUUUGCACUCCAGGCACAGAUUUGGCUAGUCAAAAGAGCUCAGCAUUCCCAAACACAGCAGGCUUGGCUAGUCACUUCAGUGUGGUAUUUUUAUUUUAUUUUAAAUUGGUUCAGAUGAGGCUCAGAGCCCAGUGCUGGCAGGCUUUCGUGCUUUUUCCAGGCAUAAUGUAGUCUAAGCGCUGGUCUAGCUAACCAAAGCAUGUUGCACCUCUCUAAAUGCCUUCAGUGCUUGUCUGGGAAGGUGCUAACAUGACUUGAAUGAUAGUGUGCUAAUUCCAGCUUUCCCUGAUGUUUCCUAUGUGCAGUUCUUCCUAUGAUUUGUUCAGUGUUCUCUGUAACUUGGAUGCAAUAGCAACUUUAUUCCAGUGCAUUCCAUUCUAAAGCUGUGUCAAGUCUAUUUUUCUUGAGGUAGGGAUGGGAGGUUGGAAGUGUUGGCAUGAGAAUACUUUAAUGUAGAGAAUAUCUAAAUAAAUUAAAUAUGAAAGGUGUUGAACAAACCA